CACCGUGAAAAUAGACAGACGACAAGAAUAUGAGGCGACGAAGAUUGCAGCAGUAGCAGAAGAAGAAAUUUUUCAUUCGCUUAAUCGUAUUGACUGAGGAAAUAUUUUCAAUUUAUGCAAAAAAAGAGUAAAAAUAAAAUUAAAUCAAUGUGGCAUUUAGUUAAAUAAAUGUUGCAAAAUGGAAAGUAAUAAACAAUUGAUAGCGGAGAGAAUUGUAACUCCAGAGCUAUAUUUUCUCAUAUCCAAGUUCUUGGCUUCGGGUCCCCUGAAGGAAACUGCAGAGGUGCUCGUGCGUGAAUUGGAACAGAAGAAAGUUUUACCAAGACGGACGGAUUGGCUAGGUCAUGAACACGAGCAAAGCUUCGCAGAAUUGGAGCAAAAAUAUGCGCAUAUUGGAUCAAAUCAUCUUUUAGAAAUAUGUUGUCGCAUAGGACCAAUACUAGACAAAGAUCUACCUCCUGCAGUAUUGGGUAUAAUAUCCUUACUUGGUACUGGUCGUCAAAGUUUACUACGGACCGAAGAGAGCAUUUAUCGAUCACGGUCAUUGCUAGAUUAUUGCACACGUUUACAUGGUGUAUCACUGCCAGAUUCGUCAGUAACAAAACCUAUUCACAAUUUGCAAAAAGUACUAAUUGGACGCGAAUAUGGAGGACCAGUGCGUCGGAAAUUGUUGGUACCCAUCAGUUUAUACAACAAAACCAAAUUACUUAAACGCACUGUAGGUCAUUUGUCGUCCGUGUAUUGUGUGCUCUUUGAUCGCACUGGACGUUAUAUUAUAACGGGUGCUGAUGAUUUACUUAUUAAGAUAUGGUCAGCAAUGGAUGGACGUUUGUUAGCUACGCUGCGUGGCGCUUCUGCGGAGAUUACGGACAUUGCUAUUAAUCUUGAUAAUACAAUGUUAGCAGCUGGUUCAUUGGAUCGUAUAUUACGUGUUUGGGACAUGCAAACUACUUCGCCAAUAGCAGUGCUCUCGGGCCAUACCGGCAUGAUCACGUCUGUAAAUUUCUGUCCCUCACCACGGGGUGACUUAAAAUACUUAGUGACCACUAGUACAGAUGGUUCAAUUGCAUUUUGGCAAUAUUCGACACCGCGCGGACAGAAAAUUACAUUUGCGCCCAAGCCAAUUCAAUAUCAUGAAAAGUUGCGACCCGGACAGGCACAAAUGAUGUGUACUACUUUUUCACCCGGUGGUAUAUUCCUUGCAGCCGGUUCAGCAGAUCAUCAUGUAAGAGUAUAUAUUAUGUCGGAAGAUGGACCCAAACGUAUACUCGAAUCGGAGGCUUAUACUGAUGCCGUAGAUUCGGUACAAUGGUCGCAUCGUGGUUUACGUUUUAUAUCCGGCAGUAAAGAUGGUACAGCACAUAUUUGGAAUUUUGAAUCACAGCAAUGGAAGAGCACAAAACUUUCCAUGACUGACCGACUGCCAAGCUGCCCCCCACCGGAGGAAGGAAAGAAAUUGAAAGUUACCAUGGUCGCCUGGGAUUGCUCAGAUAAAUAUGUUAUUACUGCCGUGAAUGACUUUACGAUAAAAAUUUGGCAUUCCAAAACUGGUAAACUGCAUCGUGUAUUACGUGGCCACAAGGAUGAACUAUAUGUAUUGGAAUCAAAUCCGAAAGAUGAACAUGUGCUGCUUUCUGCCGGUCAUGACGGACAAGUAUUCCUAUGGGAUAUUGAAAGUGGUAUUGCGAUAGCAGACUUUAUGAAUGAUAUAGAUGGGCAGGGUCAUGGUGGCGUAUUCGAUGCCAAAUGGUCACCAGAUGGCACAAUGUUUGCGGCUACAGACUCGCAUGGUCAUUUACUCAUAUAUGGUCUUGGAAUUGGACCGGAUAAAUAUAAAAUACUUCCAAAUGAACUAUUUUUUCACACGGACUAUCGUCCUUUAAUGCGUGACGCUUCGCAAUAUGUUGUAGACGAACAGACACAAGUAAUGCCACAUCUAAUGCCGCCUCCUUUCCUCGUCAAUUCGGAAGGUAAUCCCUAUCCGGUACAGUAUCAACGUUUUGUACCCGGUCGUGAAAAUUGCACACGCGAGCAAUUGAGACAAAUAUUAACAGUUGGUGAUGAUGGUACCGUUAUUGUUCCCAAUAUCAAUGGUGCUGCUGGUAACUUUUCACACAUUGACCGUCUCAUCGCCGUAUUGGCUAAUCGUCAAGGUACUGCUCCGGUACCACCUGCAAUGGCAGUUGGAAACAAUCUACCAGCGAAUCACUCACAACUCGAUCGUCUUAUAGAGGCGCUUGCAAACCGUCAAGGUCAAGAUCAGGCACCCGAUUCUAACAAUCGCCCAUCGAGUAAUCGCUCUGCAGCUGGCGUUGUUGGAAAUGCACGUUACAGUUUCGAUGAUAUGCCUGGACGUCAAAUUGAUCCGAAUAGUACUCCUCGUCAGAGCUCCGGUAGUAUUACUACACCAGAUGAACAUCAGUUGGUACCGACUGUUGAUCAGCCCGCACAGCCAUCACAGACUAAAUACUUUCGCCGAAUCUAUGUACGUCCUAUGAAAUACCAACAACUGCAAAAUCUAAAGCAAACUGUGUAUGCGGCUGGACAGUUUGAGUUGCAGGAGUAUAAGCGUGAGAUGCGUAGACGUCCAAUAAUGAUUAACACCGGUAACGUGGCAAGCGCACAGUCCAGCGCGAACAGACAACGUAAUACGCGUGGAAAUAAUGACGUAGGCGGUGCAGUACGUUCACGUCGUCGCCAGGGACAAAGCAGUCAAUCACAACCGGCUUAUCGUACACGCGCUGUACGGGAUCAAGAAGAGCUAGAUGCGCCACAGCAGCCAGAAGAAGAGGAGGAGGAUGAGGAGAGCAAUUCCUCUUCGGGCGAUACUAGCUACUCGAAUGUAGAAGAAAAUCUAGAAGAGUCAUCGGAUGAUUCGGACACCGAAAGUUCUGAUUACUCAGAUUGGGUCGCCGAUACACCUGGUCCGAAUUUGGAGCCACCGAAACGUUCAAAACGCAAACCGCUGUCAAGAAGACGUACCUUUAGCGAUGAUAGUAGUGACGAAACUACAGAACAAGCUACCACAUCUGGAGGUGCAGCGGCAAAAACUUCUAGGCGGAACAAACGUGUUGUUAUACCCCCGCCAGCACCGAAUGGUGAAAUACCCGAAUUGUAUAGACCGGCCGAGUGGUUGUCCGAGGUGAUACCGCGUAAGGCACCUUACUAUCCACAAAUGGGUGAUGAGGUGGUCUAUUUUCGUCAAGGGCAUCAACGUUAUCUGGAAGCAGUGCGUGUCAAAAAAGUAUACAAAUUAACACACAGCUCAGAACCAUGGAAUUUUCGGACACUGCGCGACCGCGAGUUUGUACGUGUAAUCGGCAUUAAGUAUGAAAUACGCCCACCGCGUUUGUGCUGCCUCAAAUUGGCAAUGAUUGAUGAUGAGGGCAAUAUGACGGGUACAUCUUUCAAGAUCAAAUACCAUGAUAUGCCUGAUGUGCUCGACUUCUUGGUCUUGCGUCAAACUUUCGAUUUAGCAGUGCAGCGUAAUUGGAGUGUUGGUGAUCGUUUUCGCUGUAUGAUUGGUGAUGGCUGGUGGAUGGGACAAAUUGAAUCACGUUAUGCUCUUUCAACGGAUUUUCCCGACUCGUAUUUCAUGUGUUUCCGUGUGCGUUGGGAUAAUGGCGAAUACGAGUACAUGAGUCCUUGGGAUAUGGAACCCAUAGAUGAGAACCGUCUACCCGAUGAGGUCGGUGGUGCGGUACCCGUGUUGCAAGAAGAGAUACGUGCCACCUUGUAUCAACCGAAAUCGGAAGAAUGGCAUAGAGGUGAUCGAGACGGUUCUUGCAGGCGUAUCAUAAAUGGCUUAGAACAGGUUAUGCGCCUCUCGAUAGCUGAACACUUUUUGGCGCCUGUUGAUUUAAAUGUAUAUCCUGACUAUGCCUAUCUGAUUGAAUAUCCAAUUGACUUGACGACGAUAAAGUCACGAUUCGAAAAUCACUUCUAUCGGCGCAUUACUUCAGCUCAAUUUGAUGUACGCUACUUGGCUACCAAUGCUGAGAAAUACAAUCGUUCCCACACUAAUAUUGUGAAACAUGCACGCAUUAUAACUGAUCUUUGUCUGCGUGUAAUAAGAGAAUCCAACGAUAUAGAUGUUGCAGCUGUUUAUCAUCAAUUAGUUGAUGUCUAUCAUUCGUCAGAAACUGAGAAUGAUAAUGAGUCGGAUGUGGUACCUUCGACCAGCACUGGCCCAUCGACAUCGGCUGCAGGACGUCCAAAGAUAUCAGCGACACGCAGAUCAAGUCGCAUACGUUCAGAUGGUGAUUGGCGUACUGAAUGUCGACAAUUAUUAGAUUUAAUGUGGCAGCGCAACGAUUCACUGCCCUUCCGUGAACCCGUGGAUACACUUGAAUUCCCCGAUUAUCUGGAAAUCAUUUCCUCACCAAUGGAUUUGCGCACUGUUAAAGAGGAUUUACUCGGUGGCAAUUACGAAGAUCCUUUAGACUUUGCAAAGGAUGUGCGUUUGAUAUUUCAGAAUUCGCGUAAUUAUAACACCAAUAAACGUUCACAAAUUUAUGCUAUGACGCUGCGUCUGAGUGCGUUAUUCGAAUCGCAAAUAAAGACGGUGAUAAACAAUUGGAAGGCGGCGCGUCGGCGUGCGAAUAAGACUUCGGGCAGCGGUGGCCGCGGUUCUAGUAGCAGCCCUGUCAAGCGACAACCUCCGCAGGCAGCGAAGCGUGCACGCACACAUCGUACGACGCGGCAAUUCCGCAGCUCGGACGAUGAUGAUGAUGAUGAUGAUGAUGACGAUGAAGAACCAGGUAGGGCACACCUGAAUGCCCGUGCGGCGCAACGUCGUGCCGGAGGUGCAACUACGAACGGCAGAAACGGACUACAUCGUGGGACUGUAUCGGCGGUAGCGAGCACGUCAGCCGGUUCGAAUCGCGUCAGCUCAUCCUCCUCGCUGCAGCGGCGCGCAGGUGAACCGACACAGGCAACGCGCAGCUCACGUCGCAAGGCCGCCAGUCAGGAGUUGGAUGAUGAUGAUGACGAAGAUGAAGAAGAGGACGCUGAAAUACAUGUGACAGACGAACAUAGCACUGCCUCGAGUUCCACCUCAGAAGAAGAUAGUGAUAGCGAUGAUAGUUCAGAGGUAGGUUUAAAUGAUAGCAACGAAGGGUCGGAUAAUGAAACGGGGCGCGGCAAACGUGGCGCAGCUAGGCGUCGUAAGCGUCGCAGCGAUGAUGAUGAUUCUGAAGACAGUUAUAAGCCAGACAACGAUAGACGUGGUAGUAGACGAAGUAAUGGUCGCAAGCGUGGACGAAAAAAUAAAGCGGCGAAGAAGACGAGUCGAAAACAACAGGAUAAACGACAACAAGCUACGCGAAAACGCCGCCGACGCAUUGAAGAGGAUGGAGAUGAGGACUAUAUGGAUCACAGUGAAAAGCGAAGUGCUACAGCCAUGACGAAUGGUAGUACCCGUCAUACCGCUGUUACGAAUGGCAAUGUACGCAGAGGAAAUCGACGACGGUUGCAGUCGUCCGAGGAUGAUCACACCGAUAUGAUGGCACAUCACACAAGUUCACAGCCAGAUGAGAGCACCCAAGACACGAUUACCGGACAUCCGGCGACGGGAAUGAGCACGCCAAAGAAGCGUGCCGCCACGUCUGUCCGAUCGCAGCGCAGCAACCAAGCCAGUAAUGCUGUAGGUGAAAAUGAUGCCACGACCAGUGCCGGUGCAUUACUGCAACAGAGUCCCUCACGAAAUACGCGCAUGCAAACGAACUCGUCGCAGUCGAGCGGUCUGGGUACGCUUACCAAUAGGCGGAGCGCCACAGAAAUCGAUCACAGUUAUCAUUUGCCGGUGCGCAACGGACGCAUUGCUGAUUCCGAUACAGACUCGCGCGAAGUGGCGGCGAAUGCGCGGCCAACCCGGUCGAGCUUUAAACGGGCAAUCUUAGAGUGGGCGCGUACCAGCGAUGUAGAGGACGCAGAACAAGAAGCAGUGGACGAAGAGGACAGCGAGGAUGCAGAGGAGAUUCUGCCUACACCGACGCCAACAAAGAUAACACCUUCGAAGACCAACAAUGCCAGUAAUAGUAAUCCAUUGAAUGCUCCAUCGACCAGUCGUGCAGCACAUGGCGGCACAGUUGUACCCGUAGCUGUGGGUCAAGUGCGUCAGUUACGCACCAAUCGCAAUACAGUCGUUGAACCGCUGGACGAUAACGAAGACUCAGACGAUGGUGAUGGAAGCGAGAAUGAGCCACUCGUUUCAAGUCAAGGCGGUGCCAUUAAUGGGCGCAUACCUCCUGUCAGCUACCCGCCAACACGCAGCGCAACUAACACUGCCACACCGCGCUUGCAGGCGCAUGCCGCCGCCAUGAGCAACGCGCACAUGACCCGCUCACAUGCCACAUCCACAACGUCUUCUUCGAACGUAACUACCUCCACAUUAUCAGCGCACGAUCACAAUUAUUUGGGCGCAGAAGCGUUAGGUCCGUCCACAUCGGCAGCAGCCGGACGCAGCAAUACACGUCGUGUACUGUCGCGUCAUCAGCGUAAUGCCGACGAAUUGGAUAGUAGCGCUGAUCCACUAGAGAAUAUAAGCCUGCUAAUGCAAAAUCAACGUCUACGCCGCACACUACCCACAUCGACGUCGACGUCGCAAAGUGCAACCAAUGGCGGAACGAUAACAGCAACAGCGCCGACACGCGUGCCACAGCGUACAGUGCGACGUGGACGUUCACGUUACAGUCAAGAAAAUUCGCAAACUGCCGAAGACGAUGAUGACGACGACGACGAGCAUGUUGUCGAUGGUAGUGGUGAGGAGAAUGCCAGCGGUGCAUCCGACGAAGGUACCGACGGCGGCUCGAGUACACAUGAUGACGACGACGACGUUGACGCCACCGAUGAUUCGGAAGACAAUCAACCGUUAACCUCGUAUGUACCAUCUGGACGACGCACUCGCAAUCAUGCCAAACCGGCACGUCGAACCAAUCGCCGGCGUGGUUCGGACGAUUCAUUCGUAUGCGAUGAUGAUGAUGAAGACUACGAAGUGGAACACCAGCGACGACAACAACAACAACAAAGAUCACGUUCGCGUCGACACAGCGAACGCGAUCGUAAUGGUGCACAGCGAGACGGUCGCAAUCAGCGCGGCUCGCGCAAUCAAAAACGACCGCGUUAUAAUGAACAGAGCGAUGAUGAAGCCGGCUCACACGAUUAUAGUAGCAGCCGGAAACGUCGUCGUGAGGGAGAUGAUGGUGGUGGUGUCGUUGGUGAAGUUGUCGGCAGCUCAUCACAACGCGCAAUGAGUCAGCGACCGUCACGCAAUGUCGAAUAUAUGGAUAGUUCAGAGGAUGACGAUGACGACGAACAAUUGGUGAGCGUAAGUAGUCGUGGACGCGUACGUAAGAUUUCGGCCAAAGCGCGUGGUAUUUUCAAAGAUUAAACUCGUGUAUUACCGACUGAAUGAUGGCAGUACCGACACUUCAAAUCAAUUCAUAUUUAAAAAGCCAUUUACACAUAUACAAACACUCUCAUUCACUCACACUAAAGCGUAUAGUUAAAUUAAUUUGAAAAUGAAAGGAACAACAUGAGACAUGUGACAAGGCGUUUUGAAGAUCUUCCUUCUGAAUUUGUAAUUAUUAUCAUUAUUAUUAUUAAUAUUAUUAUAUUUUUAUGUAAUACUUAGCUCGUUUUAGCUGCGCGCUUUUUCCCUUUAUAAUAUAUU